GAAUAUUCUCGUUAAAUCUUUUUGUAUCCGUUGCUUUUUAUUUCAUUAUCUGAUUUCUUUUUUGCUGGGUUGAUAGGCUUGAACUUUUCAUUUCAAUUCAUUCGGUUUUCCAGUUCCGUCUACAUCUAUAUAUACAGUUAAUUUUGGAGGGAUGAACCAGAAAUCGGUGUCUUGUGCUCUUCUACUGGUUUUGGCUUUGUGCUCAUCUCUCCAGGUUUCAGAUGCUGUGAGCUUCUGGACAUGUGGAACAAAGCGGAAAUAUUCUGUGUGGGUUCACUCUGUGACUUUAAAUCCAGAUCCUAUUCAGAAAGACAAACAGGCCACGUUCACACUUUCUGCCAUUUCUAGGAGAAAUGUUACCAUAUAUGGCGGGAAAUCGGACAUUUUGAUCACCUGGGUUGGAUUAAAAGUUUAUUCAGAGACUGUUGACCUUUGUUCCAUGACAUCAUGCCCUAUAAAGCAAGGAAACUUCACAUUGACAUAUACAGAAAAUUGGCCAAGAUUCGGACACUUUGUAGAUUACCACAAGCUUGAGCUACAGAUGUUAGAUGAGCAUUCUACUGAACUGACAUGCAUUGAUAUCAGUUUUCAUAUUAAUGGUGGAUUACCUCAAGCUCAAGCUACAGAUAUUUGAUGAGCAUUCUACUGAACUGACAUGCAUCGUUAUCAGUUUUCAUAUUAAGGAUAUCCUUCUUGCCAAGUACUAAAGUCUGAAAACAGAAGUCCCAUCUGCACCAAACAGUAGAAUUGAAUUGCAAAUCUAUAACAUAAAUUUCAUUUGUAUAUUUAACUGACUGAUUGAAGAGGUUUAGGAUGAAAGAAAAAUCUUUUCAAAUUGCUUCUGACUGACUAAGAAUUUGGAGAUAUAUGAAAUUAGUAGUAAUAUCAAUGAAUUUUGCAAAUUUUUGUUCGUGGAAGCUUUCCAUCUGGGGUGAUUGAUGAGACACAAAUGGAUUUACCUGCAUUGUUGGAAUGUUAUGAUACGCCUUGUGUUUCAUGGUUUUAACUUGAAAGACCACAUUAAAGAUAUGUUUUGAAAUCCUUCAAUCACA